CGUUACUCGGUCGAGCCUGAACGCAGGAUCAUCACACGUGCAGGAGGAUGCUGAUCCCAACCUCUGCGGCGUCCCGAACCCCGCACCGGAUCCUCUUUUAAUGCUUUCACUUUCGUUUCGAUUCUUGGCGUUUGCACUUUUACAGCCAUGUUUAGCCGAACAGUCUCCAGUGCGCUUCUUCUGUGCGUCUUCAUGCACUUCUGCGCGACAGACGGACAGACGCCGAACUGCCAAGAGGUCCGCGCCGUGUUUCACACUCUGCACCCCGGCUCCAAGUGGGUUCCUGAAACCGCCGUGUCAGGUGCUGACCUGCAGGUGUGCCAAACCAAAGGCCCGACCUGCUGUUCCAAAAAGAUGGAGGAGCGAUAUCAGGUAGCGGCUCGCAGCAACAUAGAGUCUGGCCUGCAGGUUGUCAGUGCCCAACUCAAACGUCUCAUUAUCCAGAACGCAGCCAUUUUCCAAGAGGCCUUCGACUUGGUGCUGCGCCACGGUCGUAACUCCACGUUGGCCAUGCUGAAGUCAGAGUUCCCCGCUCUGGGAAGCGGAGCCCAAAGCUCAGUGGGGCAGCUCUUCUUGGACAUGUCCCUCUACAUCCUGGGCUCAGACUCUACAGUGGACCACAUGGUGGCAGUGCUCUAUGGCCGCUUUUUCCACCUGGCCUACCGCCGCCUACUUGGAGGCAGUGGGUCUGUAUCUGAAGAGUGUGCUAGAGAAGCCUGGAAGGACUCAGGAGCUUUUGGGCCGUAUCCCAAACUUAUGAUGACCCGUCUGUCCCGCUCGCUCUUAGCAACACGCGUCUUCCUGCAGGCGUUGAAUCUGGGCAUCGAGGUGGUUAAUACCACAGACCACCUGCGACCCAGUCGGGACUGUGGCCGAGCCCUGAUGAGACUGUGGUACUGUGCGCAGUGCCAGGGCUUGCUGGGGCCUCCAGCCUGCAGAGGGUUCUGUCAAGCAGUGAUGCAUGGCUGCCUAGGAGGAGCGGUUGAGGUGCAGCCUCAUUGGAAGACCUACGUCGAUGGCUUGGGGAGGUUGGCGGCGGCCAUGAGUGGGGAGCAGGACAUGGAGGCUGUGGUUCUCAGACUGCCAGCUAUGAUCCGACUGGCUCUCAAACACGCUGUGAAUGCACGCAGCCGUCUCAGUAUUGUGGUGAGUGGCAUGUGUGGACAUUCUCCACAGCGCUCCAGCCGUUCUGUAGCAUCCUCUCCUCUGCAGCAUCCUUCUGUCCCUGCUGCCAGCAGCUCUCAUCCCUCAACCUCAGACCCCGAUGAGACCUUGGGGGGGCUCCGCAGGGAGUUUGUGUCCAGUCUGAGGGAAUUCAGCUUCUUCUACAGUGGACUAGGGGAGGCCCUGUGUAGCCGUGAACCUGCACCAGCAAACCACUCCCUCUGCUGGAACGGGCAGGAAAUGACGGACAAGUUUUCCGGGCCCAGUCUCAAGCGCUCGCACUCAGGUUCUGAAUCGCGAAGCAACAAGCCUCUGGAGCCUGUCAUCAGUCAGAUGAUAGACAAACUCAAGCACAUCAACCAGUUACUGCGGAUGGUGGCGGUUUCCGAGAAGCGCUGGAGGGCCCGGACACGCGCAGGCGGUGCGGAUGGAUGGAGUGAUGACGGCGAAGAAGGAUUUGAGAGUGGCGACUGUGACGAUGAGGAUGAAUGCACCGGUGUCUCUGGCCUGGGACCGCCUCCACGACGCAAGCGGUUACGCGUCUUUGCAGACCUGGCAGACAACCUGGCGAUGGAUGACUUCACCUUCCAGGAGCAGCUUCUGACCCCACCACUGUCCCCGGCUGGUAAAGGAGGGAUCUCCUCACUCGGGGCUGCAGCACGCAGCUUCAAUCUGGUGCUGACGUCUUCCAUGACACUUUCUUUCCUCCUGCUGUGUCGCCACUGACCGUCAGCUUUGUAUCCUCCAAAAAAAAAAAACACACACUUUCAAAAUGAAUCAUUUUCUUCAACUCUUUUUAAUGCGCACCUGAUGAACCUGCCAUCAUGUAAAUAAGAAUCUUGGCCACGCCCACAAUUACCAGGCGCUGUCAUUGUGGUCUUCUGUUCUCUGUCUGCACUAAAUUACUGCCUGCCUGGUCCAAAUGUAAAAUAACUGCUUUCCCUUGGCUCAUAUUUCUCUCCUGUUCAUGUGCUAAAAAUAGACACAUCAUUUCUGUCCUAGGGUGAGAGUACCAUGUUUACUAAAUGGGUUUAUUUGCAACUUUAACUUAUUUCUAGAGAUGUCCGAUAAUAUUGGCCUGCUGAUAUUAUCGGCCGAUAAAUGCAUUUAAAUGUAAUAUCGGAAAUUAUCGGUAUCAGUUUUUUUAUUAUCGGUAUCGGUUUUUUUUUGUUUGUGUUUUUUUGGUUUUUUUUUUAUUAAAUCAACAUAAAAAACACAAGAUACAAUUACAAUUAGUAUACCAACCCAAAAAACCUCCCUCCCCCAUUCACACAAAAGGGUUGUUUCUUUCUGUUAUUAAUAUUCUGGUUCCUACACUAUAUAUCAAUAUAGAUCAAUACAGUCUGCAAGGGAUACAGUUCGUAAGCACACAUGAUUGUACGUGCUGCUGGUCCACUAAUAGUACUAACCUUUAACAGUUCAUUUUACUCAUUUUCAUUAAUUACUAGUUUCUAUGUAACUGUGUUUAUAUUGUUUUACUUUCUUUUUUAUUUAAGAAAAUGUUUUUAAUUUAUUUAUCUUAUUUUGUUUUAUUAUUUUUUUAAAAAAGGACCUUAUCUCCAAAUUAGGCAUAAUAAUGUGUUAAUUCCACGACUGUAUAUAUCGGUAUCGGUUGAUAUCCGUAUCGGUAUAUAUCGGUAUCGGUAAUUAAGAUUUGGACAAUAUCGGA